AUGGUCGGUCCACCCGUCAGCACCCGCGAUCGCCUUCGUCACCAGCACGUCCCGCUGAUCUCGCCUCCGGACGAGGACAUAGUCCAGCAGGUGCCACUGACGCGACCGAGGAUGCCUCCAGGUGGCCUUCUCUCGCUCCGGCAGACAGAAGAACGUGUUCGUCAGGAUGAGGCGGUGUUCUGCGCAGGUGCGGAGGAGAAGCAGGCCGUUGUCGUUGGAGCCGCGGAGACCGUGGGGACCCAGCACUCCCCUCCAGGCAGUAUGGUCUGUGCCGACGCGGGCGUUGAAGUCACCAAGGACAAUCAACUUGUCCGCCGUCGACACAGUCGCCAGGAGGGCGUGCAGGUCCUCGUAGAAUUUGUCUCUGACAGUGUCGGGGCUGCUCAUCGGCGGAGCGUAGGCGCUGAUGAUGGUGGCGAAUUUGCCUCCCCAGAGAGGCAGGCGGAGGCUCAUCAGGCGAUCGUUGAUGCCCUGCGGCAAACAGGGCAGUCGUCCCACGAUGUCGGUCCGGAUGGCGAAGGCGACGCCCGCGUCUCGUCGCUCUGCCCUGGGUCGGCCACUCCAGAAGAAGGUGUAACCGGCACCCACCUCCUCCAGUUGGCCUUGUUCGCAGAAUCGGGUCUCGCUGAGUGCGGCGAUGUCCACCUUGUAGCGCGCCAGUUCUCGUGCCACUAG